UGUUCCAACUGAACCAUUCCACCAGCCGGGCCGAGGCAAUUUUUUUGUAUGCCGUGUUUUCAUUAUCAGGAGGGGGGUAAACUCCUGAGGAGCGGAUGAAGAAACAGGUUUUGCUCUUGUUCACAUUCCGAGGACUAUUUAGCAAAGGGAAAAGAGGGAAAAAGAGAAAAUGGACAAUUUUAGACUACGGACAGCUGAACCGAAGGAUGUGUCCGAUAUCCUCCGACUCAUAAAGGAGCUUGCUAAAUUUGAAGAGAUGGAGGACCAGGUGAUACUCACUGAAAAAGAUCUGCUCGAGGACGGCUUUGGAGAACAUCCAUUCUACCACUGCUUGGUUGCUGAAGUUCCAAAGGAGCAGACCUCCGAAGGGUACACUGUGAUUGGCUUUGCAAUGUACUACUUCACUUAUGACCCUUGGAUCGGAAAGCUUCUCUACCUGGAAGACUUCUUUAUCAUGCAGGAGUUUCGAGGUCUUGGCAUCGGUUCACGAAUCCUGAAAAUGCUGAGUGAGACGGCAGUGCGGACUCGCUGCAGCAGUAUGCAUUUCAUUGUAGCAGAAAACAACGAGGAAUCGAUUGCAUACUACAAGAGAAGAGGUGCUGCUGAUCUCUCUUCAGAGGAGGGCUGGCGUCUUUUUGAGAUCGGAAAGAAGGAGCUGCUGAAAAUAUCUUCAAAAUAGUUUGCUGAUCAUUGAAUUUUAACAAUACUAAUAAUGUUAUUGUUCCAUUGGUGCUUUGAUAGUCAUCAAUUUGUUUACCAGUAAUUUUUGAUCAUUAACUGCUUCUUAUAAUUCUGGCAGAUAUUGUGUUUUUUGGGUAUAAUGAUAAUAUAAAUAUUGAAAAUCUUUGAAGAAAUGUUUAAUGAUUUAAAAACAAUACCUAAAAAUCACAAAUGUCUCUCUUUUUUAAAGUAAUAUAAAAUAUUUGCAUUUUUGUUGGAUCUUUAUUUCCAGGUUGAAUUGUUAUUUGAAGGGGUUAUGUUUUUACUUUGGAGUAUAUGGUUUCAUACUUUACUUUCAUAAUAUUAAACAAAGCUAUAUGUUUGGGGUUUGUUUGUGUUUUUUUUUAGAAUAGAUUUUGACUUAAAAGUGGUCUUCAGCCUAACAAAGUUGUGUACAGCAGUGUUAGAUUUGUU